AUGUCGGAUGCAUCAAGCGACGACGAUCCAAUCAAAAAACGAGGUUUCUGCACCAAGAAGAGAUGCUUAGUCUUGCUUGCGGCUUGUGUGACAAUUUCUCUUGCGACUGCUUUAGCUGUAGUACUAGUAUCCGACCAUUUGAGAGGACAUUUUCCACCAGAACAGAAAUGGUGGCAGAAGACGAUUGUGUAUCAGAUAUAUCCCCGAUCUUUUCAAGAUUCUGACGAUGACGGUAUUGGAGAUUUGAAAGGUAUUAUAUCUCGAUUGGACUAUUUUAAAGAAUUGGGAGUAUCUGCUAUAUGGAUUAGCCCUAUCUAUGAGUCACCCAUGAAAGACUUUGGUUACGAUAUUUCUAACUUCACCAAUAUUGAUAAGAUGUUCGGAACAUUGGACGAUUUCGAUGAUCUUAUUGAAGAAUGCCACGACAAGGGCCUCAGGGUGAUCAUGGACUUUGUACCCAACCACACCAGUGAUCAGCAUCCAUGGUUCAAAAAGAGUGUAGAAAGAAUUGACCCCUAUACAGAUUAUUAUAUCUGGACAAACUCCACUAGGGAAGAUGAGAAUGGGAAACCAAUCCCCCCAAAUAACUGGCUGAGUAUAUUUGGAGGUUCAGCCUGGGCCUGGAAUGUCGAGCGACAACAGUUUUAUUAUCAUGCUUUCAUUAAAGAACAAGUAGAUUUAAACUAUAAUAACCCCGCAGUUAGAGAGGAGAUGAAGAAUGUGGUUAGAUUUUGGGCUCAGAAGGGUAUCGAUGGUUUCAGGGUAGAUGCUAUUAGCACUUUAUUUGAGACAACAAACCUCACUCUAAGCGAGCCGAGAAGUAAUGCUAACGACACAAAGCCGAAUGAAUGGGAAUACCUGGACCAUCCAUACACCUAUAACUAUCCUGGAGUUGAUGACGUCAUUCAGGAAUGGCGGAAAGUUUUGGAUGAAUUUGAUGAUAAUCAUAAAUCAUUUUUCAGGUCAAAGUUUAUGGUCGUUGAAAUUUAUAUGCCACCUAAAGUUCGAAACAAAUUUUAUAAAAAUGGAGCCGAUAUGCCAUUUAAUAUGGAUCUAGUUGACGGUACAAAACCAGAAUGCGAUGCUUUAUGUAUGAAGAAAUUAAUUGCAGAAGAAUACGAUACCCUACCUGAGGGCGAAUGGCCCAACUUCGUGAUGGGCAACCAUGAUCGUAACAGGAUCACCAGUAAACGAGGGAAUACCACAGAAGGUAAAAAGUACACCAAUGCGUUGAACAUGUUGUUGUUAACAUUGCGAGGAACUCCGACCACGUACUACGGUGAUGAACUGGGCAUGGAGGACUUGGAUACCAUAUCGUAUAAUGAUACACAGGAUCCCUUUGGAUUGAAUGUGGGUCCGGAACGGUACCAGAAGUUUUCUAGAGAUCCAGAGAGAACUCCAAUGCAAUGGUCAGAUGAACCGGGAGCAGGGUUUACUAAUUUUUCUGAACCUUGGUUACCUAUUAAUGAUAAUUAUAACACAAUUAAUGUCGAGGUAAUGAAUUCGACUGAAAUCACCCAAAUCAAAGUUUACCAGAAAUUGGCCGAAUUAAGGCAGGAACCAAGUUUUUUGUAUGGCAGAUUAGAAUUCUCGUAUGUCGAUACUGAUAUGAUAUCGUACGUCAGGAAGGCCAGUGGCUAUCCUUCGUACCUCGUGGUGAUUAACGUCGGAACUAAAGAAAGUUCUACAGACUUUAGUAAAGAUCCUUAUAAUCUGAAGGAAGGAACGGUGGUAGUGUCAACAGGGAACAUCGAUAACACGGACUAUGGACUGAAUAAAGCUAUCAAGUUAAAGAAAGUGGCGCUGAAACCCGCUGAAGGACUGGUGAUUAAACUAUCUUAG